AUGCCGCGAUACGACUUUGACGACGGCACUGCCGAGCGUGAGCCUCUGGACAACGCUUAUCGCUCCCAUACCCCUAACCCCCCCGAACACUAUCAGGACAACCACUAUCACAACGACGCGCCGCAGCCCUACUACCCAGAACAGGACCCGAGACCGCAGCAGUAUCCCGACGCUCAUGCUGACCCCAGCUUCAACCACCUGAGGGCAGAGCGGCGGAACGAUCGCCAGGGUCCACCACCAGCUGCCGUGGGAGCCGUCGGAGGGGCCGCUGCCGCUGGCUACGCCGCUCACGCCGUUUCGCCUAUCGAUGCCACUCCCCAAGUCCCGCCUCAUCGUGACUGGGGCCCCGACCGCUAUGCACCUGCGCCGCAGCCCAAUCUCAACCCUAACAUCACCCCCGGCGCAGACAACUUUAGCGACACGGCAUCCGGAGGCAUGGCCGGCAUCGCCUACACGGUCGCCGAGCGUAACGCGAGGGAGAGCGGCGUCGAUGCUAUGAGAAAUGUCGGCCAGGCGCCGCCUCAAGCACGAGGCCAGUUCCAACAGCCGCCAAACGCUCCCCCACAAGCUUACAACCAACCCCGGGGCGAUGCCUACGAAAUGACGGCCGCCCCGCGCCCAUACCCAGGCAGUCUCCCGGACCGUGACUCGCACUCGAGCUUGACCGCCCUGGGAGGCGCAGGUGCAUCUCCAGCCAGACUAUCGCCGGCCUCAAGUCCGUACGGCUACAACGACUACUACAACGACAACCCGUACUACCAGAGACACCCCGGCCAUCUCGGUGUUGUGGAUCCCAACUCGAUCGCGGACGACGGCGAUGACGGCUUGGAAUAUGGACGGAGCAGGAGCGGACGCAACUCGAUGCUUAGCCUGUCUAAUAGCGACCGUACAGGAAGAAGCAAGGCUGCGGCAGCAGGCGCAGCCGCCGCAGGCGGCGCUGCCGCUACCGGUCUCAUGGCGAACCGCAAUGUCAGCGGAUACUACGACCCAAAAGACGUGGCCACGGGCUACCAGAACGGCAGCGCCGUCGACCUUGGAGGACAGGAGAAGUCGGAAUGGCUCAGGAACGAGAAGAAAUCAGGCAAGAAGUGGAAGAUCUGCAUCAUUGUAGCCGUCGUCCUCGUCAUCAUCGGCGCCAUCACCGGCGGCAUCGUUGGCGGCCUUGUCUCGCGGAGCAACCGAGAAGGCGGUUCAAGUAAAUCAGGCCAAGGCCAAUCAGCGGACGACGACAAGAGCUCCAACGGCGACCUGAACAUUAACAGCUCCGAAAUCAAGGAGCUCAUGAACAACAAGCAACUGCACAAGGUCUUCCCCGGAAUGGACUACACGCCCAUCAACACCCAAUACCCCGAAUGCAUCCACAACCCACCUUCGCAGAACAACAUCACGCGCGAUCUCGCGGUACUCAGCCAGCUCACCAACACGAUCCGUCUGUACGGAACGGACUGCAACCAGACCCAGAUGCUCAUUCACUCGAUCCAGCAACUCAAGAUGGAGGACACGAUCAAGAUCUGGAUGGGCGUCUGGCAGGACAAGAACACGACGACAAACGCGCGGCAGCUCGAACAGAUGUGGGAUAUCCUCGACGUGUACGGCGACAAAUACUUUGAGGGAGUCAUCGUGGCCAACGAGAUCCUGUUCCGACAGGAGAUGACAGAGGCGGCGUUGGGCAACCUCCUCGCCGAGGUGCGGACGAAUUUGACGGCCAAGGGGCUGAGCCUACCAGUGGCCACGUCGGACCUUGGCGACGACUGGACGGCUUCGCUGGCGGCCAAGAGCGACUAUAUCAUGGCCAACAUCCACCCCUUCUUUUCGGGAACCAAUGCCAACGACGCGGCCAUGUGGACGUACGCCUUCUGGGAGAACCAGGCCGGUGGCUUUUUCAAGCCGGACAAGAAAAAGAACGUGAUUGCCGAGGUCGGCUGGCCCACCAAGGGCGGCAUGAACUGCGGCGACGGCACAGCUGUCAACUGCCCAACGCGUUCGGUCGCCGGUAUCAGCGAGCUGAACGAGCUGCUCGACGAGUGGGUGUGUCCUGCGCUGGCCAACGGUACCAACUACUUUUGGUUCUCGGCGUUCGACGAGCCGUGGAAGAUCAAGUUCAACGAGAAGAACAAGGAAUGGGAGGACCAGUGGGGCCUGAUGGACGUUAACCGCAACAUCAAGUCUGGUGUCGUGAUCCCAGACUGCGGCGGCAAGACUGUGUAA